GGCCACUUAAUACCCCUCUCAAAUGUCAGUACUAAAUGCCCAGAAACUUUAAAGCAGGUUUUUAGUGUCUUCUUUAAUUUACAGCAGCACAGUCCUUCAGUCAUCAGUAGAGAAAAGGAAACAUGUCUCAGGAGGGAUAUCAGACUGCAUCAGGGAAAAACACCGCCGACUCCAGCUUGAAUACAGAUGAAGCGCAGAGGGCCAGCCCCGGGAAGACGCCCAUACAAAUCCUGCAUGAGUAUGGCACUAAAACUGGAAACCUGCCCGUGUAUGUGAUGGAGAAGGCUGAAGGAGAGGCUCAUCAACCCAGCUUCGUCUUCAGCGUGAGAGUCGGAGAUGUUAGCUGCACAGGUCAAGGUCCCAGUAAAAAGGCAGCUAAACAUCUGGCUGCAGAGGCUGCCCUGAAUAUUCUGCAGAUAGAUGCUGGAACAGUGAAUGUGCCUGUGAAGUCUGAGAGUAACGGUGUUGUAGCAGAAACAAACAGCCAUCCCAACUCAGUGGGGAUACUGCAGGAACUAGCGUUGCAGAGAGGUUGGCGUCUUCCUGAAUACACAGUUUUAAUGGAGGCUGGUCCACCACAUAAGAGAGAAUUCACUGUUACUUGUAGGAUGGAGUCCCUGUCAGAGAAGGCUGUAGGAAAUUCAAAAAAGUCAGCGAAAAAGGCAGCUGCAGAGAAAAUGGUGGCAAAACUUCAAAGUCUGUCCGGCUGCUCUGAAAUCACAUGGGCUCCCACACCGAGCGUCCGAUUUGAGAACUUGAGGAACUCAUCAGCAGAGAAGAUUUCCUUAUUGAGAAGAAACCCACUGAGCAUUCCCAACACAGAUUACAUUCAGAUGAUGCUAGAGCUGUCCAAGGAGCAAGGUUUUGAGGUCACAUACUUUGACAUUGGUGAGCUGACGGUGAACGGCCAGUACCAGUGUUUGGCAGAGCUGUCUACCACCCCCGUCACUGUGUGCCACGGCACAGGUAUCUCCUGCGGCAACGCGCACAACGACGCAGCACACAGUGCCCUUCAGUAUAUUAAGAUCAUGGCAUCCAUCAAGUAAAACCAGCACAGUCAAACACUGCUUCACCCGCAUUGUAACGUAAACCAGCUCAAGUCGAGUCAGGAGGAGGCUGUAGAUCGUUCUUCCCACUAGUCUUCCUGCCCGUGAACAAUAUGAGGUUAAGGUAUAUUUUUAUAGUAAUGUAUAUUAAAGCAGAUCAUGUUCCACAAUGGAUGAAGGUUCAUUACAACAGUGUUUAUGAAGAGACAUACUCAAAGAAUUAAAACAAAAUAAAAUGUUGUCAUCAGGCUGUUAGGACACCAUCAUGUUUACAUAAGAUGUCCAGUGUAUUUAAGCAAAUGUUGAUGUGUAAAUGAAGAACAGUGAGUAAUAUGAAGCACUCCUUUUUACGUGCAUAGUCUGAGCUGUCAGUGCUUUAUUUGUCCAUAAGGUUUCUGUGUUGCUUGAAUGGAACUACUUAUUUUUUUUAGAAUGCAGAUGCUUUCAGGUUUCUGUGUGCUCUGACUUAAUUUAAUUUUUUAUUCCAGUUUAAUCUUCCCAGUGACAUAAU